UUCAUUCACAAAAUUGCCGUGCGAAAAGAAUGGUAAUUUGCUGGCUAAGCUUGUGUGCGUGCGAGUCGGUGAAAGAAGAAAGUGGUUUUUCCGUCUCGUCUGAUUCAGUCUCAAUUGCGGAUUUCGCGUGUGCAGGUCUAAGUCAUUGACUGCGAGGUUCUCUAGCAAAAAGUGCGUGCGGAGGAUUUGUGUAAUAUCGCCACAGGAGAAUCUCAGAGUGAGUCUUCAGCAUCCAGGAAGGUUGAUUUUGCAAAAAGUGCGAAUAUGAAAGUGGAUCGUUGUGUGACACUUUGGCGGAUACUCUUCUUGCUGACCUGGAUUUGUGCGGCCAAUGGGAUUUACCUGCAGAAUUCCACCAAGCGUCCUGAUCGUCGCCACGACUCCGUGACAUCCUGGACAGACGCUGUGGACGAACAGGAUGGCCUGUGGUCAACUCUUCUCACCGACUGGACGGUGAGCGACGAUCAAGAGGAUUCUCACAGAAUUGGAAAAGUCCUCCAAGUGACCAGAAGGUACAUCCCAGCGUCGGGAUUCUUCGUAACCCGUCGCACUGGAGAGGAUAUCGAACUGGAGCCGCACAGACGCCAUCCAGGGAAAAUCCUGGACUUCAAUGCGCCUGUGAAGGAGGGAACAGCUCAGCGGGAAGUGUCCGAGACGGAUCUCUAUCUCCUGGGAGCCAUUGAGAAGCUGGUCUAUCGAGUGGAUUACAUGGAGAAACGCCUGAGGAGAACCGAGCAGCUCCUCUAUUACAUGAUGCAGGGCAACAAUCAGAGAGAAGCAGAUCCUUGUCCUGAAAACUUCACGAGGGCCGGAGGGAAUUGCUAUCACUUCGGAAUCAACAGGGAGAUCAACUGGAAAGCCGCCAGCAGCUUCUGCAAAUCCAUGGGCGCUCAUUUGGCGGAGUUUGAAACGGUCGGAGAGUAUAAAGACGUUGCUCAGUUCCUCCUGAACCAUCAAACGUUCAAAGAGAAGAACUUCUGGGUCGGAGGACUCAACCCGGGUCUUCUGUGGAUCUGGUCUCACUCGGCAAAACCCAUAAAUCCGGACACAAAUCUCGCGGACGUGGUCAACAGCACUUCCAGUGUGCAGAGCAUCAAGAAGGGCCCCAAACCAGCGCAAAAACCCGCUCCUACAGCAUCACAGGAGAAGUUGCUGAACAUCAAGGGAUCCGGGAGAUGUCUGAGUCUCACAUUCGCUCCCAAUUCGCACAAUUACACGUACUUCGGCCAGGAUUGCUCCUCUCGCCAGAAUUACCUCUGCGAGCACAUCGACCGGAGUCUGGAAAAUGAAAUAUCGCGGAUCUCCCGACAAAUCUUUCUCAAUUAA